AUGGUAAAUGCAAAAGGUUCAAGUAUUCCAAUGGACCCUGGAUACCUCAAGGCAAGAGACAAUACUCCAACAGUAACAGAAGCGACUUAUCAAAAAAUCAUCGGAUCACUAUUGUAUCUCAGUGUCAACACUAGACCUGACAUUUCCGCCCCUGUUGCAAUAUUAAGCCAACACAUCGUAGAUACACGCAAGCAAGACUGGAUUGAACUUAAAAGAAUUCUCCGCUAUUUGAAGGCCACCCAAAACUACGAAUUACAACUAAGUAACAGAUCUUCACUGAUCAGAGAGCUCUACGGGUACGCAGAUGCUAAUUGGGCCGGAUCAACGAAAGACAGAAAGUCGAAUAGCGGAUACAUUUUUAUAUUCUUGGGCGGAACUAUCAGCUGGAGCUGCAAAAAGCAAGAAUGCGUUUCGGUUUCUUCGACAGAGGCGGAAAUAGUAGCUCUGGCAGAAACAUCGAGAGAAGCUGUUUGGUUAAGAAAAGUACUGGAAUUCAUGGACGAAGAACAGCGGUCACCAACAGUAAUUAAUAAAGAUAAUCAAAGUUGA